AUGAGAAUCCAAACGGUUAUCUUGGGCUGUGCCUUCUUGGCCAUUUGCCUGAUUCAACGCAGCGAUGCGGCAUGUCCCGACUCCUGUACUGAAGCAGAGUGCACAGCAGAUCCGAAGCCAGAAGGUUGCGACAGUUUAACACAAGCGACACCCGCUCCGGAACAAUCGACACCCGCUCCGGGAGGAUCGUCAGCCGCUCCGGGAGGUGCAGAAUCUACAACUGUCUCCAAUUCCGGCUCUCAGACGACUACUAGUGCAGCGCAGGCUGAAGUGGCUCGACUGCGGGCUCGCUUGCGCCGCAUGAGGAGGAAUCAAAGAAGGGCCCAACGCAGAAGGAGGCGCCAAAGGCGCCUGCGCGCCCAAAGGAGAAGGGCUCAAAUGAUGCGUAGGAGAAGGAACCAAAACAGAGGCGCAAACAGGGCCAGACGACCAUUCGCCAAUCGGGGUUGA